CCGGGGGAGGCGGGGGCGCCGCCGCCGCGCAUCGCUCCGCGCCUGGGGCCGGGCAGCCGCCCGCACCGGCCGCGCUCCGCCCGGGGCUGCCCGCCCGCCCGCCCGCCCCCCCCCCCCCCUCCUCCCUCCCUCCCCGCCGGGCGCCCUGCGGGGCUCCGGGGCUCCCGCAGGUUUCGGCUUGGCCGGGCGCGGAGAGAGACGGUGAGAAAGAGCACUGUCAUCAUGUCAGUCAGCGUCCACGAGAACCGUAAAUCCCGGACUAGCACCGGCUCCAUGAACAUCUUGCUUUUUCACAAAGCUUCUCACCCGGACUGCGUCUUGUCCCAUCUGAACACCCUGCGGAAGCACUGCAUGUUCACCGAUGUCACCCUUUGGGCAGGAAACAGGUCAUUCCCAUGUCACCGGGCAGUGCUGGCUGCCUCCAGCAGGUACUUUGAAGCCAUGUUUAGCAAUGGCCUCCGGGAGAGCCUGGAUGAUGAGGUGAACUUCCAUGACAGCCUCCACCCGGAGGUGCUGGAGCUACUGCUGGACUUUGCUUAUUCCUCUCGGAUCAUCAUCAAUGAGGAGAAUGCUGAGUCCCUCCUGGAGGCUGGAGACAUGCUGCAGUUCCAUGAUGUCCGAGACGCGGCGGCUGAGUUCCUGGAGAAGAACCUCUACCCUUCCAAUUGCCUGGGCAUGAUGCUGCUCUCGGAUGCUCAUCAGUGCCGGCGGCUCUAUGAGCUCUCCUGGAGGAUGUGCCUGGUCAACUUUGAGACUGUUCACAAGAGUGAGGACUUCAACAACCUUUCCAAGGACACUCUGCUGGACCUCAUCUCCAGUGAUGAGCUGGAAAUUGAGGAUGAAGAAAAGGUCUUUAAGGCUGUCAUCCAGUGGGUGAAAUACGAUCUGGAUGAGCGGAAGGCUUAUCUCCCAGAACUUCUGAGGAAUGUUCGUCUGGCCUUGCUUCCUUCUGAAUGCCUCAAGGAAGCCUUGGCUUCUGAGGACUUGAUCAUGGUGGAUGAAAGGAACAAGCUUGUCUUGGACGAAGCAAUUCAGUGCAAGAAGAAGAUCCUCCAGAAUGAUGGGGUGGUCACCAGUCCCUGUGCCAGGCCUCGCAAAGCUGGGCACACAUUGCUGAUCCUGGGAGGACAGACCUUCAUGUGUGAUAAGAUCUACCAAGUGGAUCACAAAGCAAAGGAAAUUAUCCCCAAAGCAGACCUGCCCAGUCCGCGGAAGGAGUUUAGUGCCUGUGCCAUCGGCUGCAAAGUAUAUAUCACUGGAGGAAGGGGCUCAGAGAACGGGGUCUCGAAAGACGUAUGGGUGUAUGACACCGUUCAUGAGGAAUGGUCAAAAGCUGCCCCAAUGUUAAUAGCUCGGUUUGGGCAUGGGUCAGCUGAAUUGGAAAACUGCCUGUAUGUGGUUGGUGGACACACUGCAGUAGCUGGAGUCUUUCCUGCAUCUCCUUCUGUUUCCUUGAAGCAAGUGGAGAAGUAUGAUCCCAUAGCCAACAAAUGGACAAUGGUGGCUCCUUUGAGAGAUGGAGUGAGCAACGCUGCGGUGGUGAGUGCCAGGCUCAAGCUUUUUGUCUUUGGUGGGACCAGCAUUCACCGAGACAUGGUGUCCAAAGUCCAGUGCUAUGAUCCAGCUGAGAAUCGGUGGAUGAUCAAAGCCGAAUGCCCACAGCCCUGGCGCUACACAGCAGCCGCUGUCCUGGGCAGCCAGAUUUUCAUCAUGGGAGGAGACACCGAGUUCACGGCAGCAUCCGCCUACCGCUUUGACUGCGAAACGGACCAGUGGACACGCAUUGGGGACAUGACAGCCAAGCGCAUGUCAUGCCACGCUUUGGCCUCGGGGAAUAAACUCUACGUGGUGGGGGGUUACUUUGGCACUCAGAGGUGCAAAACGCUGGACUGCUACGACCCUACGUCAGACACGUGGAACUGUAUCACAACGGUGCCUUACUCGCUCAUCCCCACAGCUUUUGUCAGCACGUGGAAGCACUUGCCAUCAUGAUGAGGGUCGGGGCUCGGGGGCUUGUAUCCAGGAGGUCAGUAAGAUGCCAGUCACGUCCACAUCCCCUGUCUCGCUGCUGGAGCCGACGUGGUGACCGAGUCCCCUCCUGCUCUCCCGCACAGGACUCCGAGGAGCCUUUGGCAUCCCUUCCCGGCACCAGGAGCAGGAGGCACAGCCUGCCCAGCCGCCGGCAUCACACCAAGGGGGGUGCUCCAAGGGCCACCCAGCCCCACCACCGGCUGCCGCGCAAGGACAGCGAGGAGCCGGGAGCGCUGGCUGCGGGGCUGGGGCUGGGUAUGGGGGGUGCGGGGACGGCUCGUGAGCACCAGCGCCUCGACGGGACUGGGGAGAUAGAGGGUGUGCACCAGGCUGCAUCCCUCGGCAAGCACGGCAUGGGGAGCCGUCAGGUGCUUUUUGUUACUCGGUUGCAGGGGUUAAGAGCUAUUAAUACUUUCUUUUUUUAAAGGCAGUGAACUUGCCAUUGGCAAUGCCUGCUGUUUGGGAGACUUGGAAGUGUUUUUUAAAGGGAAGAGGGGUUGAGAGCACCUGGCUCUCCCCAUCCUCUGGCCGCUCCGCGUUGGCAAUGGCUGUCGAAACAUUAAAGCGUGGGAGCUUGGGGCGGCUGCCAGCAGCGCUGGGUACUGCGGCGAAACAGGGCAGGUGCCUUUUGUUUUGCACUUUGGGCCUUUUUAUGGGUUGUUUUUUUUUUUUCCCCUUUCCUUGCUGCAGCCGGUUGCGAUUUGGUCGGAGGCCGGGCAGCUCCCCGCACGCAGCUGCUGGGAAGAGUGCGGCGGCUCUGUUAGCGUGCCAAGGCACCGGCACCACUGCCGAGAUAUUCACCAGAUAAAACCUGCUGCGUGCUCAGAGCCGGUCUUCUGAGUUCCCCGCCACGCUCGCUGAGCAGCGCGUGGGUGAGGGCGUAAUUAGCAAACGAGCAGAAACAGAGGUGCAGCGGGGCAAAGCUCACGCCUUGGGAGGGGGCAUCUUGCCUCUAGUGAGGCCUCGGACGGAAAGCGAGCAGACUAGGGGAGCAUCGCAGGGCAGGCUGGGGAGGGACCCCCCCUCCUUCCUGCCGCGCCGCACAUCCUGGCUUCACCUUGGAGAGACGUGAGCAUUUUUGACUGCACGUUGCCUGCCAGCAGUUGGGCUGUAGCUGCCCCAGGUUAUCUGUGCACGCUGGCUGCCGACUGUAUUUGGGUUUAUCCAUGCAGGUGCUGUCAGCCCAAGUCGCUCCUCAUUCACGCUGUGGAGGAAGGCACGUGGAUUUUGGCUGUCGACAUGGGGCUGCAGCUCCCGACUGGCCUCCUCCAGGGCUGGCCACUGCCAAAGACUGGUCCUGCACUGCCCCAGCAUCCCGCUUCCCUCUGCAGCAGAUCUGGUCCUGCAGAUGCUCCAGGCUUGCCUUUCGCCCCUGGAUUAGGUUAAGCUGUAGCCUGGCCAGCUGAAUGAUGCAAUGCAAUGAAAAGCCUUGACAUGGCUUCAAACAACAAAGGUCUUUUUGGAGCAGCAAGCGCCCGUUGCUGCCGGGAAGAGCACACUUUGUGCACAGCCAGUCUGCCAUGCUCUGAAUGGCAUUUAUUUACAUUUUCUAGUCCUUUUUUUUUUUUUUUUUCCUUCAGCUGCUUGUGAACUUUAAUAAAAAUGAUGAUCUGGGAAACCA